AUGGACGACGACGACGACGAUGACGGCGGUGAUCUAAGUACAGGGGCGUUCAUGUCCUUUGAGGAAUGGAAGGCCAUGAUGGUUGCCAAGGCCGAUGACGGCCCCGAUCCGAGGCAUCGCCGCGUCCCAGAGAAUCGCGGCGAGGCUAGCAGCGGCGACUUUGCAUCGCUCGGUGACGAAGGCGAGAUUAACCUCGAUUUUGACUCCUUCUCAGACAGAAUAUCAGACUUUGCCUCGUCAGCAAAUUCCCAAGGCGUUCGCGAGGAGAAGCGGGAGGAGAAGCUCGAAAAGAUCACGUACGAGGAGGGCCUUGCACUCGUCCAUCGCAGUAAGGAUGCAGGCAGGACCUGCAAGGAGCGUUUCUCGUACUCGUCCUUUGACGCAGGCGCGACCGUCCUCAAGACGAGCCCUGGAACGAAGAAUCCCUCAGCCAUCUUGUUGGAGAACAAAGACUCCUACAUGCUCCUGGAGUGCGCCACGGAGAACAAGUUUUUCAUCGUCGAGCUUAGCGACGACAUUCUUGUCGACACAAUCGUUCUUGCCAAUUACGAGUUCUUCUCCAGCAUGAUUCGUUCCUUUCGCGUCAGCGUUAGUGAUCGUUAUCCAGUCAAACAGGACAAGUGGAAGGUCCUCGGCACGUUCCAAGCCCGAAACGCUAGGGACAUCCAGCCUUUCCUUGUCGAGCACCCGCAAGACUGGGCCAGAUAUCUGCGGGUCGAGAUAUUGAGCCACUGGGGCAACGAGUACUACUGUCCGCUAUCCCUCCUCAGGGUCCACGGCACACGCAUGAUGGAUGCUUGGAAGGAUCUAGACACUGCAGAUAUUGAUGGUGACGAUGAAACCACAUCGACUCCGACUAUUGAAGAAGACAGCCAAGACCCUGUGGACGUCGAGGUGGUAAAUGAAGUUGUGGCCGAGGAAGUUGAAGUGGUGAACGAAGUCGUGGCUGAGGAAGUCGAGGUGCCCCGAUCUGAGCAGGACACAGAGCCAGUGGCAUCACCGCUACCAGUUCCGGGGAAGCCUUCCACUCUGCGAGACCAAACCACCUCCAACUCAUACGAAUCCUCACCGACAACUUCUAUCACUACCGGAAAAAACUCCUCGGGAUCAGUCACAGAACAAGCCACGACUACCAGUCACGGACAAGGCUCAGUGUCAAAGGGCUCCCCAUCUGGGUCCACCGUCUCGAAAGCUUCUUCGCCUCGCUCACAGCCCAAAUCCGGCUCGAGCCCGUCUGCAUCUGCCACUCAACGAAGCAAGGCUUCGUCCUCAGGUGGUGCCCCAGCAGCAUCGCCUACCGUGCAAGACUCAUUCUUUAAGGCUAUGACAAAGCGCUUGCAGGUUCUGGAGUCCAACACUACCCUGUCCAUGCAGUACAUUGAGUCCCAGUCGAGGUUUCUCCAGGAGGCACUGGCCAAACUCGAGAAAAGACAGGUUGCGAAGGUCGACCAGUUUCUGAAUACCUUGAACAAUACUGUCCUCAACGAGCUGCGUGAGGUUCGCGUCCAAUACGACGAGAUCUGGCAAUCUACUGUCAUCGCCCUCGAGACACAGCGAGAGCAGGCCGAACGGGAGAUUGUGGCUCUGGGUGCACGCGUAGGCGUUCUUGCCGAUGAAGUUGUGUUCCAGAAACGCAUGGCCAUUGUACAGAGCAUAUUGCUCCUGAUAUGCCUGGUGCUUGUGAUUUUCUCCCGAGGCUUCGCAGGCAACGCAGCCGGGCUGAUAUCCGCCGACUCGGCCUAUUAUCCGGGCAGUCCGGCGUAUCCCGCAACGCCGAAAUCGGCUUACAAGGCUGCAGGCAUUGCUUCCAACGGGCGGAGCGGCUUGGAUGUACCCAUGAACACGUCCGAGAACGAUUCGACUCCAAAUGCCCGCCUGAUCCGAGCUAUGAGUAACAGCUCGCAGCUGAGACAACGCCUCGGGCAUAGUCAGCAGUCAAUGUCCGACGUCACGCUCAAUGAAACACGUACGACACCGUAUGACGGACAGUACGACCGAGAGCAAUCAACGCUCCGUCCUGCGCCUCCUCUCUCCCGUUCGGCGACAGGAUCUGCCCCCGAGCUUCUGAGCGUGAACAUUGACUAUUACGACCAGCUCCCGACACCAGCCUCGAGCAGGGAAAUGAGCCCGGACGAGGGCGACGAUGUGGGCUACGACUCCGAGCCCAACAUGGCGCCGGCUCAGCGUGAGCGGCUAAGCAAGGGUGACGACGUGUUCUACUACUCCGCGGCGAACAGCGUCGCAGAUGAAAACGAGUCUGCUGCCGAGGGCGACAGGCUGCACGGCAGCCAGGCCAACGGCGGCUCGGGUUAUGAGCGAGGAGGUGGCAGUGACAGACGACACACACCUCCCGCAGUCGAUGGUGCAAUGCCAAACGAGGACUUUGUCGCGCCGAGGCCGGUAGCAGGCGGCAGAACAACACACAUGCAUGCCGGUUCCACGCGGAAGCCACUGCCAGCGCUGCCCGAGGAUCCUGAUUAA